AUGUCAUUCUCAUAAAAUAAUUCCCCGUCUAUUAAACUACCCUUAAGAUAAAGCUUAAAGCUACAGGAGGCUUUAAGGCCCUCUAAAUACUUAAGAUUUGCCAUGCACAAUUCUCUGCUCUCUCAUAAUGACACUGAGGAGAAUCUUUAACUUUCUAAAAAAUUUGAUGAACUAAAUCUUAACAAAUACGGUUCAAAACUUUUCAAAGAUAAAAAUGUUAAAUUGCUAGGGGGGAGCUCUAAACUAGUUUAAACUAUAUUAGGUAACCUAAGAGAAAGCCAGAAGCUCAGAGAAAAUAAGACUCCAAAAAAUCUUUUGAAAUCUAAAUCAAAGAAAUUUAAUAAUCAAAACUAGGAUACUUCUCUUGAGCACAUUUUAGAGUUCAGAUUAGAGGGAAGCGGUAUGGUUACUAGACAACCCAAAGAAUCUUUGUAUGAUUUUGAUAGAGGUAGCAGUAUAUUUACUACUAAAUACAAUAAUCUAAGAGAAAGUAUGCGGACUGGGUAAACUCAUUACAAUAAUUUGAAUUCAAGAUUUAUAAAUGACUUUAUCCCGCAUAAAAAUGUUAAAUGUGGAGGUACUCCAUCAAGUAACAGUAGAUCUGGCAAAUAAUUGACAAAGAGCGGUAAGUAACUAUAUGAUAAGAAUAACUACGACUUCGGGCAGAUAUGUGGUUUUGAAGAAAUCAAAGACAGGUCAGACCCAUUUGCACCUUGGUAUGAACUGGAACAUAAACUCCAAGAGCAGUUUAAUAUGCAAGAAUAUCCGAACAAUUAGCUUUAUAGUCCCAGUCCAUAGCUACUUAACUAAUACAAUAGAAGCUAAUUGUUGAAUAGUAGGUAACAAAUUCACUAAGCUAAUAAAGAUAAUACUGAUUGA